UGUUGUAUGUAUAGCUUACUGGAUUUGAACCAGAGAGCACCCCUGGAAUUGCACAUGGUGCCCCCCGAAGCCACGUCUUUAAAGUCCAACUUGCAGAGGAACUUUGAGUAACCCUCAUUAUCGGUAACGGUGUUACAGCUGGUCUUGGUCGGUACAUCGAUUUCCGAAUAGGCGUCGAGCACCUAGGCAGACCAUCUUCAAGUAUCGCUUCAUUCAUCAUUAGAUCGAUCUUCGCGACACUGUGGC